AUGUGUCAGUCAGAGGUGCCAGAGGUCAGACUGGGCGUCAACAGUUCUGACCCUCUGGUUAGAGAAGCUUUUCUAAUGACUUAUGACUACAUAGACUAACCAGUGGCAGUGCACAUGGAACCAUGUCCAGUCCCCACAGCCUGCACUGCAGCCAUUCGCCAUGCUGGCAAUGACCUCCACUGCCUGAUCCUCAUAUGUAUCCCGGACGAGCACUUCUUUCCCUCUACGCCUGGGACACAGCGCCAGGACCUGGCCUGGAGUACCGUACUGAUCACUGUACUGUCUGUACAUGUGCUAGCUGGCCAGAUGGCUAUACACUGUCAUGACAGUGGGGGUGGUGAUGUCCUGCCCCAGCUGAAGGAGUGUGUUGGGGCUUAUGUGGAGCAGGUCACCUGCCCUGAGAUAAGAGACAAGGGAAGUCGGCAUGGUUUUGUAUCACAUUUUGGAAAGCAGGACCUGAUUUGCCAGCUGAGAGUAUGCAGCUGGACACUUUUGUGGAAGAGAAUGUCUUAG